AUGUCCUCUUACUACGGACUGGUGGGGAUAGGGACGCCGCCACAGAUGUUCAAGCUAGAUAUGGACACCGGUUCAUCCGACCUCUGGAUCCCCUCAAUGAAAUGCGACCAUGACGGGAAAUGUUCCCGCCAUACGCGAUUCGACCCUUCGCUCUCGUCAACUGUCACAGAACUCAAGACACCCUGGAAGAUUGCAUAUGGCGACGGAUCGACUGUCAGCGGACACCUUGCGAUUGAUCGACUCCAGUUUUCAGAGAUUACGAUCGAGAACCAGUUGAUUGGUCUUGCGGAUAGGGAGUCGAGUUCUUUUCUAGAGGAUGUUGUUGAUGGGGUUUUUGGGUUAGGGUUUCCGUCAUUGUCGGCGAUGGUGUUGGAGGACCAGAAGGAUGCUGAAGCCAAAGUCCAGGGGCCGAUCAGCAAUACGGUGUUGAGCAGCAUCCUCUCGCACGAGUUAAUUCCGGCGCCCGUGUUUGGAGUUUGGUUGGGAAAUGGGGAUGGAGAGGGGUCGGAUGCGAAUGGUGGCGAUGGUGAGUUUAUCUUCGGAUCGAUCGACACUUCAAGAUUUGAAGGGGAGUUGACGUUCUUGCCGAUUACUCAUUCGCGGUACUGGCAAGUACAGGUUGAUGGAGUGCAGUUGGACGGGAUCGGGGAUCUGUCGAUCAAGGGCGACACUAUUAUCGACACUGGUACUACGCUGCUAGUAUUCCCGAUAGCACAGUCCAAGAAGAUCAACAAGGCGAUUGGAGCCAAGUCGGAUCCCUGGGAGGGUUGGAUCUUGCCAUGUGAUUCGAACCAGGAGGGUAGUCUGGAUUUCCAGAUGGGCGGCAGCCUGUUCUCUGUUCGGCGCAAGGACCUGGUGAGGGAGAAGGUGCCUCAGAAGAAAGGGUGGUGUUAUAGUGCGGUGACGACGACUCCCGGGGACACGAUUAUCUUUGGGGAUGUCUUUAUCCGCAACAACUAUUGUGUCUUUGAUGUUGAGCAUAUGACCAUUGGCAUUGCACCUGUGAAGCGGCGGCACCCUUGA